AUGGUGCAGGACGAGGCGGUCAGCCAGCCGGCGCAUUGCGCAAGCGCGCAUGUGGAGAAAAUGGUGCGGUUUGGCGGUGACAUUUACGGAGUUUGGAGAAAACGGCGUGUGGAACGUUCAUUGUUGUUGCUGGUUGAAAGUCACUUUGUCCAUGGGUCACAUCUGUAUUUUCUCUCCAGUCCUUUCAGAGCUCGAGUGACUCGAGUCCUUUGUGAGCCAAUUAGAGGUAGUGGAGGAAGGAUGACGAUCUCCGGAUUACUUCCUAUACAGACUGUACAGCUAGAAGACAUGUGCGAGAGGAUGGUGGUCUUCAUCCCAAUACCAAGAUGCAGAAGACGGACAUGCCGAAUCAUGUUGUUCCCCGGAUGGUUGCGACGGACCACGCCAACAGACGGACGCGUGGCGUCUGCUGAUAGGUCACAGCGCCAGGUACGAUGGUCGAAGCUGGUUUCUGACGAAGGUGAAGGUGAGAGGUUGAAGAACCCUAUAGACUAUCCGGAUGGUAGAUCCGGAUACUAUAGACCAUAUGACCCUAUAGACUAUCCCUGGUGCCCUUCGCCAGGCCUGAAAGGUCCUGAAAGUCCGGACGGUGGUUGGGGGUGUGCCGCCCUCGCCAGGCCAAGCGCUUCGGAGAACAAGAUGAUGCUGUCUUAUGGCAUGAAUGCCUUCAAGAGCCUUGCUCGGAGUCAUCCUGCCGUUUUUGCCAGGCACCACCCAGAUUUGACAUGCCUCUCCGACGGCUCAGUGGUCCAACGCUGA